AUGGUGCUCACUCGUGGGGUAUUGCUGCAGGAACGCAUGGAGUUCCUGAAGGAGGAUCUUACUCACCUAUUCGAUGAACAAGGGAUUGACCAGUCACAGUACGAUGAUGUGGUUGAAUUCAGAGACCCCAUCACAUCAUACAAUGAGGCCAAAGGGUACAUGUUCAACAUAGCCAUGCUGAAGAGGGUCUUUGCGCCGAGCUUUCAGCUGCAUGACAUAAAGCAGACGGGUGACUAUGAGGUGACUACGCGCUGGACAAUGGCCAUGCAAGUCACCCUCACGAGGGGUACACCUAUCAGCCGCUUCUGGGAUCCCAAGCUCGUCUUCACUGGGACCUCUGUCAUGGGUAUUAACCCCUCCAACGGCAAGUUCAACCGGCAUUUGGAUUACUGGGAUGCGAUUGACAACCAGCAGUAUUUCAGCUGGGAAGCUUUUGGCCACGUGUUGCAGCAGAUGACAGAUAUCUCCAGGACACCCAAAGACCUGCCCACCCCUUCCUACAGCAUCCUUAAAAAGUUCAAGGACUUUGAGGUUCGCAGGUAUGACAGGAUGCUUGUGGCAGAGGCUGACAUGGACAGCAGAGGGCCUGCAGCGGUGACAUGUGCGACAUCAGGUCAAGAUGGUGGCAGCCCGGCGGGCAAGGGGGAUGGGGCGUUCAACACGCUGGCAAAGUUCAUCUUUGGAGGGAACGCUGCAAACGCGCGCAUGCGCAUGACUACGCCGGUCUUCUCAGACAACCGGGGCGCCAUGCAGUUUGUCAUAGAGCCCAGCUACCAGGAUGUUUCCAGCGUGCCAUCACCUCAGACAGACAGUGUGAGGGUCAGGGAAAGGAGUGAGGGUCUUUAUGCGGUUGCUAGCUUCUCGGGGGUUGCUGAUCCGCAGAACGCUGCUGAGAGGGAAUCUGCACUCAGACAAGCGAUGCAGAAAAGGGGCACUGUUGCUGAUGGGUCUGACUGGCUGUUGGCCAGAUAUAAUGACCCUUCCACUAGGCCCGCCUUCAGGAGGAACGAAGUGCUCAUACCAGUGAAGGAAUUUGAACUUUGGUGA